GAGGUUUUUAUUGUUGUAACACUGUAGUUUGUUUGGUGUGUCUUGCUGUUCUCGCCUCCUGACGCAUUAAUUCAGCGUGUUUUCCAGCAGAUCAUUGAGAGAUCUCAGGUCUAGAAGAUGACAGCUCAAGAGUACUGCUUGCUGAUUGCGGUUUUAUUGUGUCUGUCCGGAUACUUGAGCACAACAGAUGCUACUCAUAGUAAAGCCACAGUGUCUGGUUGCUGUCCGGCAAAGCUGAUGGUUGAGCCGUCCCGUCGAGGAUGUUCUUCGGAUAAAGACUGCUCUGGAGGACACAAAUGCUGUCGAUUUGACUGUGGACCUGUGUGUGUGCCGCCUGUUGCCACAAAGCCAGGAGAGUGUCCUCCCCAAACAUCUGGAGGAAAAUUGUGUACCAAGUCCUGUACCAGUGACUCUAACUGUCCGAACAAUGAGAAGUGCUGCAGCAGUGGAUGUGGUGGACGUUACUGUACAGCUCCAUAUACAGACUGAAUGCGACUACAUGGACCGACUAAAGCUGACACUCUGUGUCCAUGCAGUGAAGCCUGGUCGGUGUCCCAAACCAAAGAAGAUUCCAGCGUGUGCUGAAAGCUGUUCCUAUGAUGGCCAGUGUCCUGCCACAAAGAAGUGUUGCCCAACCACCUGUGGCCAUGCAUGCAGUGAACCGUAUGGGAAAAGAUCACAGAGAGACUGACUGUGUAACAAACAGGCCUACUGGACUUCAAUUCUGUUCUUUAUUCAUAAGGCAUAAUAUUUCCCUGUUUGUGGUCCUCAAAUAAAUGGCUUGGUAAAGUU